GUUUGUCUGCAAGAUGAAAAUGUGAUUCGUGAAGAUUUGUGCGAAGAAAUCAGAAAUGGAGAUGGUUAUUUGAUUCAUGCGGCUUGCAAAAAGGGCAUGGAGAAGAGUUUAUUACGAUUUAUGGAACUCAUGAGACAUUUGGACUUACCUCAGUUGAACAGAAAGGAUAAACAAGGAUUCACUCCGAUUCAUAAAGCCGCAAUCAAUAAUCACAGUGGUAUUGUCUCGUACAUUGGAUCAAAAUCCAAGAUUUUUGUCAAUGAAAAGACGAAAAACUCCCAGUCUGCGUUGGUCCUUGCCGCUCAACGCGGUCAUGUUCGUGUCGUUGAAGAACUGCUUAAAUUGAAAGCUGAUUUUACCAUUCGUGAUGACAGCAAUAGAACGGUUCUUCACUAUGCAAUUGCAUAUCCUGAAACAUUGAGAAUUUUGCUUAAGAAAAAGGAUCUCGUGCCGUUGCUUAUUAACGAGAAAGAGAUAGACUCCCAUUCAUAAUGCUCCCAUUCAUAAUGCCGCCUUAAAAGGAUUUCUUGAGAGUGUCCGUAUUUUGUUAGAAUAUAACGCUGAUCUGAAUGUCUUCACGAACACUUCUCGUUCG